ACGUUAAUUAGCCGAAAAUAGCCAAAGACCCGCUGUCCCAUUCAGGCUCAUGCGGUCACCUCUACCUCCCGGCACUCUGGGGCUGAGGUGGGGGGCACACGGGGUGCCAUGGGGAUGGGGAUGGCACAGGGACCCCCAUCCCCACCAUGACGUGGCUCGGAUAGGCACGCUUUGGCACUGCUUGGCACAGCACGGCUGGACGCAGCUCUCCGAGCCUCGGCACGGCUUGGCACGACUUUACACGACAUGGCUUAGCUUGGCACGGCUCAGUUUGGCAUAGCUCGGCACGGCACGGUUCGCUGGCGUUCAGAUGAACACGGCACAGCUCGGCACAGCUCCCCACGACGUGGCAUCGCUACGCUCCAACCCGGGGCCGUGGGCACAGGUCCGAAUUAGGAGCGGACCCGACCCCGCUCCCAGACGAGCAGUGCCGUGCCAAAUCCCGACGAGCGAAGCCGUGCCGAGCCGAGCCGUGCCGCCCCGUUCCCCGUGGCUCCUCCCGCUGCUCCUCCCGCCCGGCGAUAUUUAACCUGGGCUGGGUGGGGAGCGGCAACGCGCAGAGAGAGAGGCUUCGAGCGGAGCCGACACCGGGACCGGGCAGCCCCACAGGCAGCAGCCGCCCCGGCCACGCCAUGAGAGCAGCGCUGGGUUGCAUCACCCUCGCUCUGUGCGCUCUACAGCUGCCCCACGGCCGAGCCCUGCCCCACGGCCGCUCUCCCAAGCACAGGGAACCCCCAGAUCGGAGACUCCCCCCAGCCAUUCUGCGCUUACCCCACCGGCACCCACCGUCUCCCCAUGGAGACCCCCUCCAAGGUCUACAAUCCAACCGGCUCAGACAUCUCAUCAUCCCUCGGCCCCAACCGGCCCUAUGGCACGGCCCUAAGCUGUCCCCAAGGCACAGACACCGACACCCCCUGGGGCAGCGGGGCCGGCGUCACACCGGGGUUCGGCUGCACCGCGCUCAGCCGCUGCGGGUGGGCUGCGUGCUGGGCACGUGUCAGGUGCAGAACCUCAGCCACCGCCUAUGGCAGCUGAUGGGCCGCCCAGGCCGUCAGGACUCAUCCCCCAUGAACCCCAACAGCCCCCACAGCUAUGGGUGAGGGUUUUCUCCCCCCCACCCCCCUCCACCUCCCCCUUCCCAGGACUGUGUGGGUUGGGUAGGAGCUGACACUAAAGCACUUCCAGCGGCUGUGGGGCUCCUGUGCGCCUUUCUGUGGGAUCCCUGUAGGGGAUGGGGCAGGGGGGUGGUGGUGAAACCUCACAGGGAUGUCCCCGUGGAGGGGAUGGGAUGGACGGAGCGCAGCCAGGGGGGGGAUAUCGACCGUGGGUCCAAGCGAGCAGCACUUCCACGGAGGUAGCGGUGUGACUGCUCCAAAUCUGCAGCCCCAUGGCU